AUGCCGAAAGGCUGUGAGGCAAGAAAUGGAAAGGCGAGGCACAGGUAUGAUAGUGAACAUGACCAGCAGGAACGUGAGGUGCACGAGAGGUGGGAGGGCAGUGUGCCAGCCACGCCUACAAGACAUAGCAGAAAGACUGAUAUCGACGCCGAAGCAGACAGCGUCCUUGGGGACAGCAGAAUGUCCCACCGUAACGCCGGGAUGGGGCUGCGUUGCGGAAGCCAAUAUACAAGUGGUAACCCACUCAUCAUCUGCAGCAUCCGUUCGUGCUGGAAGAUUGAACAGGAGAAGAAUACCCGUUCCAGUCUGAGCGCCGGGCCUGCCAUUAGCCGUCGAUGUGAAGGCAACCAGGCCUUGCAGGAGUUCCUCGCGUCCCGCAACCCGCGCCAGCAGCACUCGGCGACCUUAGAGUCCUACCUGAUCAAGCCCAUUCAGCGGAUUCUCAAGUACCCGUUGCUCCUGCAGCAGCUGAAAGCCCUCACCACCCCCGGCUCGGACGAACACAGACACCUCGUGGAGGCUCUGAAAGUUAUGGAGAAGGUAGCCGAGCACAUCAACGAGAUGCAACGGAUCCAUGAGGAAUAUGGUGCAAUAUUUGAUCACUUGUUCCGUCAGCACCAAAAGUCUUGCAAACAACCCAUCGACCUCUCUCCUGGGGAUCUGCUGUACUAUGGAGGAGUGGAGUGGCUCAACAUUUCUGACUUCCUUGGCAAAAUAAAGAAGGGGCUGGAACUCCAUGCCAUGUGCUUUGUCUUUAAAACGGCUGUAGUCUUCUUGUGCAAAGAAAGACUAAGACAAAAGAAAAAGUUGAUGGGAGUCCCAGGCAAAAAUAGUUCUUCAGAAGUAGAAAUAAUAAGGUAUCAGGUGUUGAUCCCAGUGACGGAGGUUCAAGUCCGUGCCUCCUCCAUGAAGGACAUGGACUCUCACUUCCUUUGGGAGCUUAUUCAUCUCAAGAGCCAGCUCCAGAGGCGGUCCGAGAAGGUUUACCACUUGUCAAAUAGCACAUCAGAAUUCCGCAACGCUUUCUUGAAAACUAUUCGACAGAUCAUCAGAGAGUCAGUUCGCAACAUGAACAUCCCAGCAAACAAGCCAUCUUCAUCUUCAUCCAAUAUAUCUAAUAAGGGAAACACUAACACCCUGCAACCAUCUCGCUCUGUGCCAAAGAAAAAAGCACCCACAGUUCAGUCAGCCACCCUGCAACGGCACUCAGCAGGUAACAUAGACUAUGACAACUUGGAGAGCUACGAUAAUGUGCCUGAGACGCAGAUUGGGCAUGACCAGUCCAACUUCCAAACACGUAGCAAGACCGUGUCGGACGGCAUGGACGAACUCAGUGACUCCACCACCAAGAGCGACGGCGGCAAGGACGAAGUGGGAACGCGAUCGGAGGGCGAGGAGGAGGUCAUAGAGAAGAAAAAGGCGACCCUAGGCCGGACCCCCAACCACCUCUCGCUGUCCACCACCUCGACGCUCUCAACGGGCUCCACUGGCUCCAUGGCCAAGCUUAUCCAGGCCAGCAACCAGCCAUCCCAGUACCAACCGGCCAAGAGUGUUGGUUCCCCAGUGUGGAAGCCCCGUGAUGCCUUUGCCCCAGGUGCAGGCAGCACCUUUGGUGCAGGUGCCGGAGGUGCUGGUCAGCGAGGAGAGUCACUAACACUGCCUCGUGCAGGAAAGCCCAGUGGCCGAGAGGAUCACUUCCUGGUCUACGAGGAGUAUGGUGGCAACAUCUACAUGAGUAGCAAAAAAGACACAGGUUCUACCAAGACUCUUCAUUACUGAGGCACUGCUGUUCCCCAUGAUCAGCAGGCUUCACCACUAACAGCUGCCUCUCCUCUCCUGACUCCGUAACAGCUACCUACUAACAGCGUGCCGCUCGCAAGUCAGCUUAGAACCCUCCCUUCAAACUAAUAACAUCCUGCUGCUCACACGCCGUGAAGUCCUCCUUGCACACUUCUUAUCCUUUAGCAUGUCACUGAUAACAUUUAAUUUUUCUUUGAAUUCCAUAACCUUCAGUGAUAGGAUUUAGGAACAGCUUCAUGUAGCCAAAACAUUUAGGAUCACUUUAGCUUGAUCCUGAUGCCCAUCAUUUGUUGGUGAUCUUUGCUGAUCACAACUGAAACGCUUCCAUUGCGGCGAUGUUCACGGGAGUUCCUCGUGUGGCCACAACCAAAUAGCUUCUUUACUAUUAGUUUCAGAUGAAAAAAGUGUACAAUAAAGUUUGAGAUUGUUUAAGCAUUUUAUAUGCUGUAAGAUGUGAAUCUCAAAUGGUGAAUAGUAUUAUCAUUAUACAAAGAAUAUAAACAUUCAAGUGGUGCUCCUGCAUUUAGAGCUCGAGUGAGAGAAGGUUGUUCUGAUAAAUGCAGCAGUGACAGCUUUAGCUAUUUCAUUGUGUUGUGACUAAGUUGUUAAGGUCCCAGACUUAUUUGUCCUACGCUUUGGAAGGCUUAGCUCCUGUCAUUUGUUCAUCAUAGGAACUCGAAUCAUUUAACUUCUUAGAGAGAACACAAGAGUUGACUACUUGAACACUGCUCCUGCUUGAGUACAGAACUCUUAACUUUUAGGUACAAGACUUGGGAUAAAUACCGAAUGAUAUUUUCUGCGGGUAUGAAAAAGUCUCAUUGUUGCUAUAUUGGAGUUGUUGCUUGUACAUAUUUAUGUGUAAGGCAAUCAAUACUUGUGGAGUUUUGCUGUAUGUUUAGGAAAUGAAUUUAUAGUAUAUGAUGACUUUUGAUUUAUUAGAAUGAAAGGAAGUCACAAGUGAAGAAUGCUUAGUAUGACAACCUGGCAGCAAGUUUGAUAAGCAGUUAUAAUGUUUUUAUACUGAAAAAUAUACUAAAGACAUGACCAUCUUCCAUCUACUAUUACUGUUGUUGCUGAAAAGUGGGAAGAGAACAGUAUUUUAUGUUUUUGUCAUGUGAUAAGAGAUGUUAUUGAUUAUCCUUUUAUUGGUAAUAGUCAGCUCUCAUUAUUUGGAGUUCAUAUUCUCAUAACAGAAAAAAAUUAAACAGACCUGUUACAGUUGAAAGUUGGCAAAUUGAAAUGCACCCUACCUUUUGUAGAGCCCAAGGUGGUUGAUGAUUGUCCAAGGAAAAUGUAAACCACUUCAAAAAAAAAAAAAGAAAAAAAGGAAAAAAAAAAUGAAAGAAAAAAAAAAUUGAAUGUUGGACUCCAUACCAA